AAAAAAAUAUGAGUCUGUUUCAAUACGUCUCUCGUCGAGAUCAGAUGUUUUCGUACUAAACUGAACUGUUAUGUUAAAUCUGUUCUUGUAUGUGAUUGUUAGAAUUAUAGUUUCUUAGUUUAUUUUUAUAUCUUCCAUGUUUAGUAACAGUUAUAUUUUUAAUGUUCUCCAAAUCUUAGUUUUAUAUUAUCGUUCUAAUAACGUGAAGUGGCUUGUCGAAUAAUAAAAACAAGCAGGAAAAGUUGACGUAGGCUAAUAGACGUCAGAGAUGUUUUGUUAAUUGUUUUGCUGGAGGCAUUGUUUAAUUUUUUCAUCAUUUAGAGUGCUUACAUGUAAUGUUUGUAUUCUAAACAGUCUAACUGAUGGGAUGACUUAAUAGUUCUUCAAGUUUUUUACCGUGAAAAUAAAGGAAAAUGGGCAAUUGUCUCAAAGGGUCUUCAGCAGACGACAUAUCUCUCUUGAGAGGUGCAGACAAUCCUGUUGAUUCUUCUUCGACGGAUCAACUGGGACCUCCACCACCUUACAGAGAGACUUUGCCUGUGUACUACCCAUCCCCCAACAUCAGCCGACCCGUAACUCAGCUGACAGAGGAGGAGCAGGUGAAGAUAGCCAAACGCCUGGGCUUAAUCCAACACCUGCCUACUGGAACUUACGAUGGAUGCAAGAAGAGUAGAGAAUGUGUGAUCUGCAUGGUGGAGCUGGUGGUGGGUGACUGUGUCCGUUACCUGCCUUGCAUGCACACGUACCAUGUCAAGUGUAUCGACGACUGGCUCAUGCGCAGUUUCACCUGCCCAUCGUGCAUGGAGCCCGUGGAUGCGGCCCUUCUCACCACCUACGAGACUAACUAACCACACGGCUAGUCACGACAACAACAAAUGCUGUGAUUAUUAGAAAAUAAGUAUUCUAUUUUAUUGUAACAUAACUUAAACACGUAUAUAAACGGUAGUGCUGGUGUCGGAAUAUGUGACUAAUGUGAACAAAAAUAUUGCGUAUUUGCGACAUAAAUAAUGUAAAUAUGUAGUUAUAUAUAAAAGUAUUUAAAAAUGUAUCAUAAUUAUAAUUAUUUUUACAUAAUACUAUUUGUUAGUGCUAUUGUUACUCGAUCAUCUACAGUUGUUGGAUAAUUUUUCGUGUUAUUUCACAUAAUAGUUGACUUUGAGCAAUACUACAGUCUGUGCUGCCCCAACAGAUUUUAUCACCGUCUUAUAAAAACAGCGGAAAUCCUCUGUAUUUUUUGCCAUUCGUAAAUUAACUGUGGGAUGUUUUAACAUAAAAUGUGGUCAAAAGACUUGAAUGUCGUGUUAAUGACUUCCGUGAUAUUUUAUAUUGUUGAAUUCUAUGGCAGUAUUUAAAUGCUGUAGACUUAUUUUGGUAGAAAAAAUCGCUUCAUAGUGGUGGGAAUUCAUUGUAUUUUUUAUACUUUUUAGAUUUCAAGCAGAAUUAGAGGUAUGUUACACUGUACAAAAAUAUGUAUGAAAAUAUAACCUUAUUAAUACAUUAA